AUGACAUAUCGCGGUCCUACGCCCCAUGGCCACGGGUCAGGGUUCAAUGGCCAACAAAGUCAAUAUCCCCAGGUUGUUAACAACGUUAAUAAUGUUAAUAAUGGCUAUGAUGCCUGGGGAAAUCCUCAGUUUCAACUGAAUCAACCUUAUCAGAAUAACGUCUUCACGCCCAUACCGUACUCUCACCCUCAGACGCAACCUCAGCCUCAGCCUCAACCUCAACUUCAACCUCAACCUCACCACCAACACCACCACAAUGCGCAUCAACAAAUCCAUUCGCCGCAAAAUGCGAACUACCAAUUCCAGUCCUACGAUCCCUCCUUCGAUCAACGGCCCCUUCAAUCUUUGCCUCGGAACGGUGUAAAUGCGCCAGGUCAAAUGGCGCACGGCAUGCAACAAACCGUCCAACAAACUCCCCAUCAGCAACAAUAUGUUCAACAAUCCGACUGGCAACACAUGCCACCUCCCAUGCCUAUGCCUUCGCCCUCUUACCAACAACCUUCACCCCAGAUUCCCACAUCGGUAACGCCACAAGCUAUGUCCCAACCGCCACCGCAAUACCAAUACCAACAUCACCAGCAACCACUACAGCAACAUCAACAACAUCACCAAUACCAGCAACAGCAACCUCAACAUCAUCCGCAACAACACCAACACCAACGUAACAUGCCGCAAAACAUUAUCAGCUCGCCUGCACCCGUUCAGUCCCCUCAACUACCGCCUCAGUUUACGCCGACCCCUAGUAAUAGACAUACAAGUACAGGCGCACGAAUGGAUCAUAUGAACCGUGUCUCUGCAAGUCCCCGACUGAGUACACACGGCAUUGCGAGAAGCCCGAGCGUGUCAUCAGCAAGAUCGCCUGCUCCGACACCAGGCCUCUUGCCGCAUCAUGCGGAUACAAAUUCCCUUCUGAUCUGUCUCGCCGAGGAGUUCUUUGCUAAGGCGCGGAAUGAGUCGGUAUCUAUGGUGGAUAAUGUCGAUGCGCAGUGCCUACAUGAAUACCAGAAGCUUGUCGCCACGGGAUUAGGCUGCCUCGAAGUGGUUUUGGAUAGUCCAAAGCUGGCGCCGCGGCUAGAAGCUCAAGUACGAUUUCGUUACGCUAGCAUUCUGUGUGAGGAAACAAAUAAUGUGAUGGAGGCAGAAACUGCUCUAACCAAGGGAAUUACCCUUUGCGAAAGAAAUCGAUUUGCCGACUUGAAAUAUGCUAUGCAUUUCCUUCAGAUUAAACUUCUUUUUGCGCAACAAAAGGUCAAGGCAGCCAUGAUCGCCGUAGAUGGUCGGAUACGGGACGCCGAAGUAAUGAAGCACUACAACUGGGUUUACGCUUUUCGCUUUCUAAAGACUUCCAUGUAUCUACAGUCUACUAACCCGGCGGAAACGCACGCCCUCGAAAAUUUGAAGGCGAUCGCCAACCUUGCCAGUCAUAAUAAUGACCGUGCUAUAUUCGUAGCCGCCUCUUUGCUAGAGGGUCUGAGUCUCCUCAAGACUAUGAAGGACGAUGCCAUCGUUCGUAUACAAGCUUGUAUUGCGCAGGCUUUGAAGUAUCAACUCGAGGAUUCGUUUCACAUUCCGCAACUCCAUAUUCUGGCGCUUAUGCUUGACCUCGCCUGCAGUUUACAUCAAAAGUCGGUUCAGGUAAUCAGUCAGAAGUCCAAGUGUCUCCAGGAUCACAUAGAUGCCUCCAUGAACGACAAGACGUGGCGCCCUAUAGACGCGGAGCUGCUGCUCCCUGUUCGGAAAGGCAAUCCGCUGGUAAUUAGUCAGGAUACGUCGGCUGUACUGAAGCCUGGACGUGACGAUAGCCCCUACGACUACCUCGCCAUGUCGUUCUGGACUAAAUUGGAGGCAUUCACUGUAACGUAUACGUAUAGCGGUCUCGCGCUUUUGUAUCAAACUCCUCGUAAUGAUAGGAGGAUAUUUAAGCUCUGGGAGGAAGCUCUAACUCAAUUGUUAAAAGGAAUUCGACUUCAAGGACUUCCUAAUUCUCUGGCGGAUGCUAUCACGAGAUCGGAUUGGCAAAAGGAAUGGAUGUGUUAUCUUUAUAUCCUUCAAGGUCUACAUCUUGCAACGCACACUCGAUGGAAUGAAGUAAAGCAGUGCUUGACACAUUUGGAGGCUAUGGUCAAACCUCCGCUCGAAGGUAUCGUCGUGCUGUAUUCGACAUACCUCUCAGGAGUAUAUCACCAAGGCACCGGCGAUCUAGAGACCGCCAGCAUGAUCUACGGUAAUCGGAUUUUUAGCCUUGACGAUGGCAACGACAGAAAUGGGAGUCGGAAAGCAGCCGAGAUCGAGGUCUCGUUGCUGGCUACUUUCAAUCGGAUCUGGAUCAUGCAACAUCCGGAUUAUAGAGAUCAUCGAUUAACACUAGACCUCCUGGAGCAACUUCGUCCGCUCUGUGCCGAUCACCCGAACCUGGAGAUUCGCACGGCGUACAACCUAGUGCUAGCGGCAGUACAGACAAACCCGCCGAUCCCGAUGACGGCGGUCAAGAUGCACAUAUCAACGGCACUAAGCAACGCGCAGUCUCUAGGCAACGUGCAGACAUUGUCUAUCGCGCUCAACGUCAUGCGAGCCAAGCUUUUCCAGGAUAUCGUGGGUGAUCAGGCGCUGAAGAGUGCGAAGGCAGCUUCGAACCAAGCCAAGAGGAGUGGCAAUACGCUCUGGAUGAGCGUCGCUGACGGCAUGCUCGCACAGAGCUUCGACGUUCAGGGUCAGAGUCUGGACGCGCGGAAAGCCUGGGAAGAUGCGACGCAAUAUGCACGGCAAGCAUUCGAAAGGGAUGGGAAAUGA